UCCUACUUUGGAAUUUUGAUAAUCCCCACGAUCUUUUCUAAUUUUCCACUUUCUGCCAACAAGAUCGAUGAAACAAAAGAUGCCGAUUUGCACUCAGUCUCUAAUGUUGUUAAUCAAUUUUUAUUAGUUUCCCACUCGACCUGUGGGUUGGCGAUGCUGCUCCGUGCUCCGUCUGUUCGCCCGUCUGUCUGUCUGCUGUCUCUUCUCGCUGUCAGUCGUCUGCUUCUGCAGCCCGCAGACGGUCACGUCCUGCUGUACAUCAAGACUUUGGUGAACUACGAUACGGAUUUGGGUCAAACCCCUCCAUGAUGGACCACUCCAUGAUGGACCAUUCUGCAAUGAACCACUCCAUGAUGGAGCACUCUGCAAUGGACCACUCCAUGAUGGAUCACUCCAUGAUGGACCACUCUGCCAUGAACCACUCCAUGAUGGACCAUUCUGCGAUGAAAAACGCUGCGGUUGACCACUCGACGAUGAACCACUCCAUGAUGGACCACUCAAUGAUGGAUCACUCCGUGAUGGACCACUCCAUGUCUAAUCACUCUAUGGUGGGCCAUGCAUCACAUUCUGGGAUGGAUCAUUCGGGGAUGUCAAUGUCUAUGACCUUUCAUUUCGGUGUCAUGGAGACAGUUUUAUUUAAAGGUUGGCAAGUUGGGGGAGUAUCAACAUUGUUGUUAUCUUGCGUUGGCAUCUUCUUCAUGGCAUUCAUUUAUGAAGGAAUCAAAUAUUACAGGGAAAACUUAUUGUGGAAAACAUAUAAUGCCUUACACUAUAGAGCAGUGGAUGGUAAUGCAGUUCCAGAUGCAGAAAAUCAUAAAACUGUUGUCCGAGAAAUUAUUCGCAAAGAAGAACCUAAGAUGUUCAGUCAGAAGCAUGUAGUGCAAACAUGUCUGCACAUAGUUCAGCUGACUGUUAGCUACCUUCUGAUGCUUAUCUUCAUGACCUACAAUGUUUGGCUGUGUCUCGCUGUUGUGGCAGGAUCAGCCUCUGGCUACUUUGUUUUUGGCUGGAAACGUACAGUUGUAGUUGAUAUGACUGAAACAUGUCACUGACCCAAGUUCAGCGGCCCAGCGCCGCUCGCAACAAUAGAAAGUUUAGGAAGCAUCAAUAGUAAUUUGUGUAAAGAGUGUUGAUGAAUUAAUUUUCAGUCAUCUCUCUACUCUAAACACUCACACACACAAAAAAAAUCAAUAACUGUAAACCGAGUGACAGUUUGGUCUUUUGACUAUCUGCAGUGAUUCUGAACUAGAAGUUGACUUUAGUGUGUGGUCAAAGAGACAGUACCUUUUCUGGUAUGAAAAUUAAUUACCUACCUAUACUUGUUUUUAAGUUUUAAUUUUAUUAUUUUAAUUUAAAUUCCAUACUUUAUUGAAUUGACAGUUCAUGCAUAGCUCAUCUUCUGUGUUAUAGGUGAAAUAGGAUAGUCUUCUAAACCAGUUGGAGGAGGCAAUAAUGACUGCACACUCCACCUUUGUUGUUAUUGCAGUUGUUUAUUACAUAGUAAGUUCUGUAUUAAUACUACCCAUUCAGUAAGAUUUGUGGUAAUGAUUUCUAUUUUUUCUUGAUUGUAACCUUCACAGAAAAAUGUGAGAAAGCUAUUCCACCUAAUGAAUCUCUUGUUAAAUGUAAGUUAAAAUGUAGAGUGGUCCUUUCCAUUAUUUUGUGCUUGCGCUUUGGCAAAUGACUAGCGCAUGCUGGACUGUUCAAAAAACCUUUGUUUUCUUACUGGUCUCACGACUUGUCGCAUGAUAUGCUUAUUGAGCAUCAUCCAUGAGAAAUAAAGUAAGCACAUAUUUUUGUAUUUGGUUUUACACCUAUGGUGUAAUUGUUAUCUCUAUUUUCAUGAAAAAAGUGUACUUAUAACAGACUGCAAAUAUCUCCCGCUUCCAAAAAAAUGCAGCAGGAGAAGGCCUAUUGUGUAAAUUAUAAUCUCUAUUUUGCAAGAAAUGUGUGUACUUACAAUAGACUGCAAAUUUUUCCUGCUUCCAAAAAAAUGCAGGAGAGCGGUUUUUUAUUUUAAUGGGAAUUAAAGUGGCUGUGAUAACAGGAAAAUAAUGUUCAUUCUGUUGACUGAAUCAUGUUUUAUUUUGGGUAGAAAAUGACAAAUAAAAUUGUUGUAAAAAAUACAAUAAUCAAAAAAUCCUAGAGUUACUGCUUCAAUGCAAGAAUAAAUUUACAUGACAACAUGA